CCAACGGCCCGUAUAUUAGAAGCAUCAAACCAUCCUAGGGUUACCACUAAUCCCAAAAUCAAAUCGAGCAUCCAUUGUCCCAGAGAGAAGAAAAAAGAAGAAGAGGCAUCCAUGGAGACAGAGAGGGAAAAGCAUGUUUACUUGGCCAAGCUCUCUGAGCAAACCGAGCGAUACGAUGAGAUGGUUGAGGCGAUGAAGAAAGUAGCUCAGCUUGAUGUGGAGCUCACGGUAGAGGAGAGGAAUCUUGUAUCUGUGGGUUACAAGAACGUGAUUGGGGCAAGGAGAGCUUCGUGGAGAAUACUAUCAUCCAUCGAGCAGAAGGAAGAGUCCAAGGGGAACGAGGAGAAUGUCAAGAGGAUUCAGAACUAUCGAAAGAGAGUUGAAGAUGAGCUUGCUAAAGUUUGUAAUGACAUCUUGUCUGUCAUUGAUAAACAUCUCAUCCCGUCGUCUACUGCUGUGGAGUCCACUGUGUUUUUCUACAAAAUGAAAGGAGAUUAUUACCGAUAUCUGGCAGAGUUUAGUUCUGGUGCUGAGCGCAAGGAAGCUGCAGAUCAGUCUCUUGAGGCAUAUAAGGCUGCUGUUGCGGCUGCGGAGACUGGAUUGGCACCAACACAUCCAGUUAGACUUGGCUUGGCACUGAACUUUUCUGUUUUCUACUAUGAGAUCUUAAACUCUCCUGAGAGCGCAUGUCAAUUGGCGAAGCAAGCAUUCGACGAUGCAAUAGCUGAACUUGACAGCCUGAACGAGGAAUCAUACAAGGACAGCACUCUUAUCAUGCAGCUACUCAGAGACAAUCUCACCUUGUGGACUUCAGACCUCCCAGAGGAAGGAGACGAGCGAGCCAAAGGUGAUGAGCCUCAGGAAGAGGAGAACUGAAGUCCCGACUCCUCUGUGAGAUGAGAAACAACUCUUGAUGCAAGGCUCGUUUGCUCUAGAUUGUGUAUUUUUUUUUUAUUUGUCUUUGUUGCUGAUGUUUUCAGAUCUUUGACGUUCUACACAUGAACACUGCGUAUCUUCAACUCUAUCACUUAUUAGUUUGCUUCUUUGUUGUUGAAUUGAUUACACAAUGCAUUUUGGGUUUUGCACA